GGAAGUCUCGCGAUGCCGUAGCUGCUCCCGCAGCGGGUGGCUCGGGGUGUUGCUGUGGUUGCCUGAGUUGCUGCGGCGGCGGCGGCGAGGGCUGCGCUGGUGGAGGUGCCGGCCCCUGGGCGGAUGUUGACAUUGUGUUGUUGUUAUUGCCGAUGGUAAUGGCGGCGGCGACGAGCCGGACCCUUCCUCAGUAGCCAGAGCCCAGGGAGUCCAGGCUGCCGAGGCAGCCGAGAGCGAACUCCGUGGCCUCGGAGCCGCCGCCGCCUCGCCAAGCCGGUGCCUGGCGCCAGCCCUUGGAGUCAGGCCCUGGGCAAGGGGCUACGGGCGCAGAAUGGCGGAUUUCGACGAGAUCUACGAGGAGGAGGAGGACGAGGAGCGGGCCCUGGAGGAGCAGCUGCUCAAGUACUCGCCGGACCCGGUGGUGGUCCGCGGCUCGGGUCACGUCACCGUAUUUGGACUGAGCAACAAAUUUGAAUCAGAAUUUCCUUCUUCAUUAACUGGAAAAGUAGCUCCUGAAGAAUUUAAAGCCAGCAUCAACAGAGUUAAUAGUUGUCUUAAGAAGAAUCUUCCUGUUAAUGUACGUUGGCUGCUUUGUGGCUGCCUUUGUUGCUGCUGCACAUUAGGUUGCAGUAUGUGGCCAGUUAUUUGCCUCAGUAAAAGAUCACUCAAAGUGAAUUCUGCCAAGGGAGAUGGAUGGGAGUCCAGAUGCUUGAAGCUGUCUGCUCUUAACCAGACACGAAGAUCGAUUGAGAAGUUAUUAGAAUGGGAAAACAAUAGGUUAUACCACAAGCUGUGCUUGCACUGGAGACUGAGCAAAAGGAAAUGUGAAACGAAUAACAUGAUGGAAUAUAUCCUGUCUGUCCAGACUUUCGUGAAAAGGAAGGAGUGUUAGGACGGUUGAACUUGUGGCUGCUCUCAAACCAUUCUUUUUGAAGGAAGCUGAUUUAUGUCUUAAUUUUUGGGAGGAAGGAAUAAACCAAUGCUAAACCAAACUAUUAUCCCACAGUGGUUUAUGUUAAAUAUUUAACCUUUUAUAAAAUGAAAUUUCUAAUUUUUCAUUUGUGUAGUACCCAACUUUAUGUUGUUUUUGGAUUAUGUCUUUUAUAGAAGUUGAGAUUUGAAGGAUAGCUGUAAAUCUUGAGUUAUCUUGUCUUCACAUGUACAAAGAUUUUUAGAUAGCAAUUUAAGAGAAGCCUAAGUAACGUUUAUAUUAUUAACUGUGAUUCUGUGUACUUGUUUCUCUAAUAGCAAUCAGUAUUUUCCACCUCGAAAUGGUGUAUGAACCAGCAAAAUAGUCAGUGUUAUCUUACUUGGUAAUACUGAAAACAAAAAUGUAGGAUGCUGUUUGCUGAUUUUGAAUUCAUUCCUGAUAUGUUGAACUAUCAUCAGAUUACUUAGCCUCUUGAUUUUAUGCUAUGACUACCUCAUGGUGUUAUUCUGUGAAACAGUGCUUUUAAUAAUUUUUCCUGUUAUUUGUUAAGCCCUAUAUAAAACUUAAGUACCUAAAUGUUUAAUAGUAAUGACUGAGCUUUUUUGAAUUAUUUACAGUGUCAGCACAAACCUGAAUUAUGGUCAAAUUUUACAUUUAAAUUAAAGAGAUUGGGCACUCCCUACAUAUAAUGGCUUUGUGAGUUUAAAAAUCAGAGAAAUGAUAAAUAUAGUACUUAACUGUUCCUUUCUUAUUAUUAUUUUGGUUUUUGAGACAGGGUCUCACUUUGUAGUUUAGGCUGGCCUUGAACUCUCCGUGUAGCCCAGCCAGGCCUUGAACUCACUGUGUAGCCCAGCCAGGCCUUGAACUCACUGUGUAGCCUAGCCUGGCCUUGAACUCUCAUGGCAGUUCUCUUCCCAAGCGCUUGGAUUACAGGCAUGUGCCACCACACGCAACACGCAGCUGAAAGUUCCUUUCUAAUAAGACAUUUAAAAUUAUAUAUCUGACAUACUUAAAAUCAUGCAGGGGAUUUUUUACAUUGCCUCUACUUCAUAAAUAUACAGUGCUCAUAAUUGGAGUAUAACUUGUUUUUUUCUCUUUAUGAGAAGUAGACAGUAUUUUGCUUUCCAAACUCCUUAUCAGAAAUAUAUCAAUAAACUGCCCAAGGCAUUCUUAAUUUUUUGGCAAAUUAUUGCAACUUUGUUGCUUUUUAAAGAAAUAUAGUACCAACCUUCAGGAGAAGGUAAUUGAUUAUUGUUUUUUCUACUGUCCUAUACUGAGACAGUAUGUAUAGUUUCUUUGUUUACAUUUGCUUUUUUCAGUACUAGGGCUUGAAUUUGAAGCUUUCUCACUGAACUAUAUUCCCACUGCUGCACAUCACAUACACUCAGGCUGAGCUUAAACUUGUGAUCUUUCUGCCUCAGUACCCCAGAGUGCUUGGAUUACAGUCACAGUGCCAUCAUGUCCAGCUCUGGUUCUAGAUUUAGUAAAGCUACUAAUUGGAGUUUUUCCUCUUGAUAGAAGUACUAUAUAAAUUUAAAGUCUAGAAGCACUGAAGACUUCUUUCUCUAGUAGCAGUUUAUUAAGUAAUUACAACAGUCUAAUUAUAUUGCUGUGAAAUCUUUAUAAACAAGGGCUUCUCUUCACCCAUGUUAUCAAAUCCCUUUUAUUUUCAAUUUCUUUUUACAUUGUUGAAGCUAUUAGCAUAGUGCCCUCCCUGAAGAGGUAGAUGUGAUUCAGUGGUGGCAGGUGAAAGAAGCAAAGUAGACAGCACUGGGAGGCAAGAUGCUGCAAUCCACCAGCUAAGACAUAUCACUGCAUUGUGAACCUACAGUGCUUACAAAGGGGAAAAGUGUCCAAUGGUCAGAAAUUGCUCCCAGUUUUAUGCUUGCUUUUAUGUACACUUAUAUUCAAUUACAAUGAAAAUCAUUGCUUUGUUUUUUUUUAAAAAAAAAAAUACAGCUCUGUCAGGCAUAGUGGUGCAGGCCUGUAAUCCUAGCACUUGGGAGGCUGAGGUAGGAGUAUCACUUCAAGUUCAAGGCCAGCCUGGGCUACAUAGUGAGUUCAAGUCAGUUUGUACUAUAUAGACCAUGUCUGAAAAAAACAAUAAAUAAAUGAUUAAAAAAUAUUGUGUAAGGGCCGGGGAUUUAGCUCAGUGGUUCUGCCUCCUGCCUCGCAAGUGGUAGGUCCUGAGUUUGAUUCCCGGUUCCAAAAAAAAAAAUACUGUGUGAGAUAGAAUUUUCUUCUCCUAUCAUGUCCUUUAAGAAGGUAAUGAGGGUACCUUGGGGAAAAAAAAGUAUGCCUCCAUUUAUCUUUUAUAAUUUAAAUGUGGCUUUAGAAAAAAACCAAAAAGAUUACAGGAAUUUUUUUCAUGUGCUUAAAUGAACAUCGAAUACUUUUCAAAUAAAAUAAUCAAAUUUUGUUAGGUAAUUGGUUAUACAGAACCAAGAAGUGGUCCCUUUCAGGAGUGCUUUCAAAUAAUUCUAAUAACAUUCAAGUGAGUCCAGUAACAUUAAAAAUAAAGUGAAGAUAACUUUGGUAAAAUACAAAGUUGAAUUUCAAAGAUUAUAUUUUUGCUCUCAUUAUUCACAAAUUAAAAUCAUUGCCAAACAUAAUCUAGUUAAAAUGAAUUCUUUUGUUAGAUGAAAGUCUGUUGAAGAGAUUUAUAGAGAGCUUACAGUUAAGGUGCCUUUAGUGGGGGGACUUUUGGUCCUUUGUUGGUUAUAAUUAAGGCUUCAUUGAUUGGAAUUUUCUAGUGAACAAAUAGAAACCUAAUAUGAGCUAGGGGAAUUUUUUUUAAAAACCUCUUUGUUAAUUAAUGUAAUAUAUUAAAUGAAAUCAUAAAUUAGUUUACAUGGAGUUAGGCUGGCCAGGCUCUGUGGUGCAUGCUUGUAAUCCUAACUACUGGGGAUUUGAAGCCAGCCUAAGCAAUUGAGCAAGACCUGUCUCAAAGUAAAAUUAAAGGCAGGCAGGCAAGCUAGGGAUAUAGCACAGCUAUAUCUGGGUUCAGUCCCCUGUGACAAAAAAGAAAACAGGCUGGAACUUAGAGGUCCCAUCUCUUUGAAGGAAAUGUCCAAAUUAAUAAUGCCUGUUGAAAUGUCUAUAUGAAUAAGUUGAAUACACACAAAACACCUUCAGGAGACAUGAUCUACACAGUUAUCUGGGAAGAAGUAAUUAGACUGAUAUCAUUAUUACUUUAGGAACUGUGUACAGUGAAUUUAAAGAAAAUUUUAUAUGUUCAUGGAUUUACAGUUGGGAAUAAGAAUAGGAAAAAAGGGGUGGGAAUACAGCUCUGUGAUAGAGCACUUGACUAUGCAUGGGGACCUGAGUUUAGUCUCCCAACACUGCAUGGGGGGAAAAAGGAAGAAAAUGCAACAUACUCAUUAACCCUUUCUCCAAAGAUUUCUUUUAUCCCUAAAAUUUAAAUGAAGCUUUUAAAUAUGAUUAUUGUCCUAUUUAGGUUUUCAAGUGGAGGCAGAUAGAAUUUAAUCACUACACAUAUUAUGUUCUAACAAAUGACUUAUUUUUCACACAAACUUUUUUCAGUUUGAUCCAGAUUCAAGUUUAACCCUUAUAAAACAGCUCUAUAUUAUAUGGAAAAGAUAUAUACACCUGUGCAUAAUUACACAGAUGUAAUUCUAAGAUAAAGAUGAUUCGGGCUGGGGAUUUAGCUCAGUGCUUCUGCCCCCCUGCCUUGCAAAUGCAAGGUCCCAGGUUUGAUCCCCUGUACCCAAAAAACCCAAAAAACAAACAUGACUCAGUACAGUAAAGAUGUUUUACUUCUGUCACUUGGAUCGUUUAGUUAAAAUACAAAUGCUAAUUAAUUCUACAUAAGACAUUUAGAAACUAAGGGGUUUUGAGAAUUUUUUACAUUUCCUUGAAUCUCAAUAUUGUUUUAAAGAAUGCUCAUUUUCUGAAUUUCCACUCUUUCGUUGAUGUUUGCAUUCUAACAAAAUAUGAAUUCUCAGAAGUGUAUUAAAUUUUUUUCACAAGUGGAGACUCCAUCAAAAAUGCCCUUACUGCUUGCUGUAGUUGCUAUCUUGGAAUCCACUGUGGAAAGCCUAAAACAUAGUCCAACCUUUUGUACCUACAGUUUUACAUAUUGUUAGGUAGCCAUUCAAUUUUCUUUGCAUUGUGUGUGAGAUGAAUAUUUCUUGAGACUUUUUGUUUGCUUUGCUAAAGAAAUCAACCAAGGGAAAAAAAAAACCUAAAAAAAACACAAAACAAACAAAAAACACCCUGUAACUCCUGAAGCAUGAGGGUGUUGUAAUUUCAGUUUGCAAAGCAGUGUGAUACAAUGUUGCUGAGCCAAAAGCACAUGAUAGAUUUAAUGUAGCCAAUUGUGUACCUUUGAAAAAAAGAGUAACUGUUCCUGUGAGUUAAUUUUGGAUUUUUUCAAAAUCUCGCUUUUAGGCUUUGUGCUGGAUUCUUCCAGACAAAUGCGUAUUCCAUGUGGGCCACUGUUCUGCUAAAUGCUCUCAGUUCUCCUUUUGCAAUCAAGAUUAUGUUGCUAAGGAGAUUUUGCUUUUAUUGGUGCCAUUGAUUUGUGUUAAUACGUUUUGAAUACCUCUCGGUAUUCUUCCGUAGACAAGGCCAAAAGAAAAACUUCCCUGAGUUUCCCAAUUUACAUUACAAAUGGAGCGGUGGUGUAAUGAAGCCAAUAUAAAGUGGGCAGUUGAAAGGGAACUAAAGAAGGGCACUCAAGUGAGAAAUGAAGAAAUGUGCCGAGUGCAGUCUGUGGGCUGCCCUCAGUCCAGCUGCAGGAACUGGCUGCUGCGGCCAGAGGUAGAGUGAGUGAGCAUCUCCCUCUGCAGAGACCACCCACUCUUGGAGGCAGGGCUGGCACCAUAGAUACCUUGCUGACUAGUGUAGGGCCGUUUAAAAAGUGAGAUGCUCAGCUGAGGGUACAAGAGAUGUUUCUUUAUCUUAGAACGUGACAUAAGCCAGACUUCCUGUGCCUUCUGACUUGAGAUCUUUUUGUAAGGAAGUCCUGUAGACGAACCAGUUCAGGUUUUGAGGACUAGUGUAUUUCAGUCUAGUCGAUAUGACUACCUAGGUGAGAAUGUUAACUAUAUCAGAUUAGUUUUAGUUACAUGCUCCUUCCUUGCUAUCACUUUCUAGAUGCAGAAGGCUCUCAGUUCUUACUGUAAAAGACACAUGUUCUAAGUAGAAGAAACCAGCAAGACUGGCUGGCUUCAACCAGUGCAGCACCUCAGGUAACGCAGUCAUACCCUGUUAGUGGCAUGUUUCAGACAACGUAGUGUGACCUUCAAAAAAGAGUGCAGUGACAGAUGCCUGUAGUUCCAGUGUAAAAGAUGACAGCCUUGGGAGUCCGAAGUGGGAGGAUCCCUGAACUCAGUACUGUUUGUUAAUUACUUUAACAAAACAGAACUAUAAAUUAUUGGUUCUUUAAUGUCAGAUGAUCUGGGCAAAAUGCAUACAUUGGAGACACUCCGUUAUCAUUGGGAAGUAUGAAAUCUAUUAAAAAUAUAUGAGAAAAUGUUUUAUUUCUGUAUUUAACAUAUCAUUUCAGUAGAUUUUUUUUCCCCCAAAAAAAGAUGCUUGUCCGUCACUUCUUCAGAUGAAUAAAAUCCCAACUUCCUAGCCAAAUGUGAUAUUUUUUGUCAUAUCACAAAGUAUUAUUUACUUGUACAGUACUUCUGGGAUUUUUCCCUCCCAUAAUAUUUUUAAAGCUUUUAAAAUUAACUCCAGCCUAAAGACUAAAGUUAGAAAAGAUGGGAAUUUAUAUUUUCAACCCAGUGGUUUUGGUUGUAUUUCUCAGUGGUGUCUAGUGGUAACAUUCUUUUGUUGCAUGCUAAAGUAAGGAACUCUAGAAUGGAAAAAGCUAAGAAUUACAGAUGAAAUUAAUUAUAGGUAUAUAAUUUUCUGAGCUUUAUUUUUGAAAAAUUGGAAUUACUGUACUAAAAUUGACUCAGAUUAUUUUAAGACAUGUUUCAAUGAAUUUUUAAAAUAUGAAUUGACACAAUUGUACAUAUUCAUGGGGAACAGUGUGAUUUUGCACCCAAGGAUAUAGCAUGUAGUGCUCAAAUCAGAGUAAAUACCCACUUCAAACAUUUAUCAUUACUUGGACUGAGGAGUUAGCUCAAGGAUAGAGCACUUGCCUAUCAUGUACAGGGCCUUGGGUUUGUCCCCAGCACCACACACACACACACACACACGCACGCACGCACAACAUUUAUCAUUUCUUCGUGUUAGAAGUACUCAAAAUCCUCUUCUACCUAUUUGGAAUAUACAAUGGAUAUUGUUAACUGCAAUCGCCCUAUCUCCCUAUGGAGCACUAGAACUUAAUCCUGUUAUUUUUGUACCUUUUAACCCCUCUCUGUCCCCCCUCCUGACCUUCCAACCUAUGAUAACCAUUAUGAUACUCUCCUUUGAGAUCGCCUUUACUAGCUUCUGCAUACAUAUGAUAAGAACAUGUCAUAGUUUUCUUUCUGUGUCCUGUGUAUUUACUUAACAUUAUAUCUUCCUGGAUCAUCCCAUGUUGCUGCAGAAGACAUAAUUUCAUUCUUUUUUAUGGCCAGAUAAUUAAAUUAUUUUAAAAUAUAAAAUUAUUUUUGCUGGGAAACACUUGUAAAAAUAAGCAUAUCUGUUCAUGUACAUGAAAUAUGAACAGUGUGGUUUUAUUGUGAGCAUCAAACAUGUAACAACUCACUGAAUUGUUUCCAGAGAUAUGUAGAAUUUACCAGAGGUAUUCUAAGAUUUAUGAGUUUUGCAAAGGCAGCUUUUCAAGUCAUCUGUGACAUACUACUUUGCGCUGGAUGGUAAUCUAUGUGUGUGUGGUGCUGGGGAUCAAACCCAGGGUCUCUCACAUGCUACGCAAGUUCUCUGCCACUAAGCUAUAUGUCCAGCCUUGCAGCAUGGUAAUUUUGUAAAAGAAUGUAAGAAUAACCAGUCAACCAUUCUGCCCUGAUUAUCUGACCAGUGAUUGCUGUUCAUACUACAUGUCAGCUUUGUGUCACUAUAAUUGAGUAAAGAUAGGUCUCACAGUUUUAGCUAUUUCAGCUGUGGUUGGCUUUGGAACUGUGGAAAGGAAGUGCAUCAUGGCAGGGUGUGCAUGGUGGAGCAAAGCUGCUCACCUACCUCAGGGCUGAAAAGCAAAAGGAGAGGAGGAGACUGGGGCAGCACAGUUUCCUUGGACGGCAGGCCACCAGGAAUCUUCCUCCAACCAGAGAGGCCCCACCACCUCCCAAAGUUGCCAUGAGGGAAAGCCUUUAACAUAUGGGCCUUGGAAGACCAUUUAGGAUCCUAACCACAACAUGCUACUUGGGACAAAGAUGAGUUGGAGCAUCUCUAAAUGAAGUCAUGGCAUGGUUUUAAAUCUGUCAAAACCAUCAACACUUAGGUUUCACCAGGAAAGAGCUUCAAAGAAACUAUGCCUGUGGGAAAGCAUCUUAUUUCCCAAGUCCAUCAGUGUUAGAUCUCCUUUUAGCCAUAUCCCCCAUCAUUUUUUUAAAAGCUGCAUCUCAAGCUGGAAGGAGCCCCAGAAAUGUCCAGUGGGAUGUGCAUGAGAACCAAUUGGGCUGCAGUAAAAAGAGAGAAAGCCAACUGGGAAAGUCUUUGGGAUUUAUUUUUAAAUACACAUGGCUGUACUCUGAUGUAUUAUUUUUCUCAAGACAUCUCCCAUUCUAACAUAAUUCUUUUUUGUUUUCAUUGCUGGGGAUUGAACUCAGCUUUACAUAAUGCUAGGCAAACACACUGCCACUGAGCUACAACCCCAGCCCCCCACUGUAACCUAAUUUUAUUGUAUUAGACCUAGGACGCUUGUCACUUGUCAUAAGUUGCUAGUGACAGUACCAGGACCAAAACCUCAGGCAGAUUACCUGUAGUUCACAAAUGUAGAGUUCUUUCCUGCAUCGAAGAUAUAAAUGGAGACUAUCUUUUUGCAAAUAUACCUGUAAAAAUUGUAUAAUUAGUCAUUUGAAAUCCAUAUAAGAAGACAUCAUCAUCAACUCUGGAAGAGCAUCGCUUGUGCCAGGGCACCUAAUAACCAAUUGUGGCCUCUCCCUGCAAAACAUUUCUUGGCCAUCCUUGUAAGUGAUGCAGAGUUCUCUCUGCUGUUCAAUCUGAGAAUUGUGACUCAGACAUUUAAUUAUUUAUUGCUCACCGUGUGAAAACAUUUAGAAUGGCUGGCAGCCUACCAGACCCUGAGUUAAAGGUUUGACAGCCUGACUAGACUGCUGGGUAGCCAACUUCACGUCAGAUUAAACACAUUCUCUUAACGAUGAAUAGCUUGGGACCCAAAAUCUUGAUUUCAUUAUAAAAAAUGCAAGGAGUGUGUUGUUUUUAAUUAAGAUUAUUUUGUUUUCUUGCCACCAUACUGAAUGGUUAUCAAAUGUAUUUUCUUUGGUGGUGGUGGGAUGGGAGUGAUUUGAGGAACUAAUACAUUUUUUUAGGAGUACUCCUACAAGGUUGAACACAAUUCGGCCAAAGGAUGAACAUUCAUUAAUUUUGUACUGAAAAAUUUACAUUUCAUUACAAAGGCAGGACUACAAAUUUUAAAUUAUAAAGGCAAGUCUACAAAUACUGGUAUGUGUGUGUUCUCAUGGAAUUUUCCACUCAAAUAAUACAGUGCUAACUAUAUACUACUUUUUUGCCAUCAAUUCCCCUUAUUAUUUUAAAGUAAGCGAAUUGUAAUGUCAUAACAAUUUCAGUGAGGUACUUUAUAGAUCUAUGCACAUAAACUCCAUGCAUGGUACAUGUCCCUUAGGUAAUGAGUGCAUGGUACUUUGGCCUUCAUUGUUCAGCUGUGUGGUAAAACACUUGCCAGUCCGUGUGGAUAGAAAUGAAAGAACUUGAAAAUGAGUGACAGUAUAAAAAUGUAGCUGGGCUUGGUGGCAUACAUCUAUACUACCCACACCCUAGGAAGCUGAAGCAAGAGGAUCAUUAAUUAGUUCAAUUCUUAGCAAUUUGUCAGCUUAGCAAGAUCCUGUCUCAAGAAAAAUGGGGGAGGAGUUCAGUCCCUGGGUUCAGUCCCCAGCACCAUCCAUAAAUGGAUGAAAGAAUGAAUAAAUAAAUAUUCUAUGGUUCAUUAGAAAUUAUGAUAGAAUUAUUCAAUUCUAGUUUGCUGUUCUUCCUACUAUUUUGGGAAGAUCUGUGAAGUUGCAAACAAUUUGAAAGUGUGAUGGAGAGAAACAGUGGCCAAUAUAAUGAACUGACAUGUUUGAAUUAAGAACUCCAUUGGAUCCCCGGUACCAAAAAACAAAACAAAACAAAAACAAAAACAAAAAACCAAAGAACUCCAAAGCUCUAGGGAGCAGCCUAUCUAGCAAACUGCUGUUUAAGGAUGAUUGACAAGCAAGUGCCUGAGGAAUGACAGGAAAGGGACAACUUUUAGUUAUUGGCCUCAGUAAAAAUGACAUCAUGGCUUUGGGCCAUGAUUGGAUAAGGUUUGGGGUUUUGGGUGGUUUUUUUUGGUGCCAGGCAUAGCACAGCAGGCAGCAAAACCACUGAGCUAAAUCUCCUGCCCCUUGGUUUUUUUUAAAGACAAAGCCUAUCUACAUUGUUCAAGCUGGCCUUGAACUCACACUGUAUAGCCCAGGCUUACCUCAAGUUGGUGGCAGUCUUCCAGCCUCAGCCUCCUGAGUGCUGGGACUACAAAUGUGUGCCACCAUGACUGGCAAGGAGUUUUCUGAGAGUCAAACUAUCAUACAUGUAAAUUUGAAGUCUAACAAUACAGUGACACAAGGUUACAGUAUCUAAAAGUAAAAAUGUUUUUACUGACUUUUUAAACCAGAAUCUGUCAAUUAAAAACACUUCUUGGGCUGUGGAUGUAGCUUAGUGGUAAGAGUGUUUACCCAGCAUUUGUGAAGCCUGGAGUUUUGAUCCCUUGCACAACAAAAAUAAAAAAGAACUUCCUACGAAGUUUGAAAAUUUCUUAAAAACAAUAGCAAAGUUGUCCAGUCUGGUCUUGAACUUUGAAUCUUCCUGCCUCAUCCUGACAAACAGCAUCAUCACACCCAGCUAAUUUUGUUUUUAAAUAAUUAAAAACAUGUGCCAGAGACAGAAAGUCAGUUGUAGUCUUGAAAUAACAUUUAGAUUUCAAAAGUAGAGUUUUUAUUUGUUCUGACAAAAUGAACAUUUUAUUUUCUUCAGCAAGAGAGGGUUUAGGUUUUAAACAUUUUGAAAUUGUUGCAUAACAAAAUUGUUAAAGUUUUAUACACAAAUCCUAUAGAAAUGAGAAUAUAAAAUAUAAUUCGAACAAGAUAGGAUUUUCUGUAACAGCAAAUUCAUUUGCUCACAGAAUUGCCUUUCAAAGGCAUCCCUUCCUGAAAAAAUGGAAACAGGUUUUUUUAAAAAUUGACAUUUUAGGCACCUCUACCACUCCCCACCACCUCCAAGGUCUUACUAAAUUGCCCAGAUUGGCCUAGAACCAAGUUCCUCCUACCUCAGCCUCCCAACUAGUUGAGAUUAUAGCCUCAUGCCACCACACCCAGUUUCAUUGAGGUUUUAAGGUAACUUUCAGCAUGUGUUUUCUUUAACCCUGAUUUUAUUUUUAAAUUUUAAAAUAGAUGAUUGGCUUAUCUUUUUUGCUGAAACAAAGGAAUACAGCUCAGCUUUUUAAAAUCUACCUUCUAGUAAGAUAGUCCAUUAUGUUUAGGGCUGGGGAUUUAGCUCAGUAGUUCCGCCUCCUGCCUCGAAAGCACAAGGACCCGAGUUCAAUCCCCAGUACCAAAAAAACCCCCCAGUAGUCCAUUAUGUUUAAAUAGAUGUGUUGCCUCUUAAUUAUCUCACACCGGCUGUAUGAUUUUUUUCCUUCCCUCCCAGCAACUACAUGGAUAUUUUCAAAGAAUAUGUUUAUCGAUUUUUAUUGCGUCAAUUCCUAGCUGAGGAGGUAUAAAAGUAGUGUAAGCUUCUAUUCUGUUCAGUUUACUUCCUCUGAGCAAUCAUUCUAUUGUAAGUUUUGUUUUUGUUAUUAGUAUUUAUCUUCUUCCUAGCUACCAAGGAGACAUUAUUACAUUGUAUUCCCAAAUUGAGGAUGCCUGGUGGCCCCGACUAGCAAAUGAAAACUUCCCCCUCAAAACAUGUCACAGUUUACUUCCAAAAGAUGACACUCCUGUCACCUAAAGACCUUUGAACUCAUUUCUUGGAUGAGAAAGUUUCUUUUAAAAAAAAUUCAGUUAUUAAGUUCUUUCAAUCCACCAUAGAUUUUAGGAAAAUAAUCUGAAAACCAGUUGUCCAUCGUGGCUAAUGCACAGUUUAUUAACUGAUCAAUGUAGAUUUAAGUUCCACAACAGAGACCAAAACAUAUUGCUAAUGAAAUUGGAGACAUUCUGAUUGUCCUCUUUAGUAAAGUUAGCCUUUAAGUUGAUUUGGCAAAGGAAGGUUCGAGGAAUAUGUAGAGCACAGCCCCUCCCAGACCUUGUACCAACCAGGGGGACAAAGGGCAAUGAGACCUCCCUGCUUUGGGAACAUUGAGGCUGGAGGAGCAAGCAUGUAAUGUGCACAGUCAGUGUUCACAAGCAAGGGAGGGAGUGUGGGGAGAGGACCACACAAAGGCAAGGUUUACUUUGCACUGAGAGGGAAGGUCAGCAUGUGUGCAAAGGGAGAGAUAUAAAUACACUUCAGAAUUGAGGGGGUCUGCAUGACUGGAAAAUAGGAAGAGAUAGUCAUGGACAUAACUGUCAAAUUAAGCACCAGAAGAUCGAACCAGGAAUGGGAGAAGAGACAAGUGUCAUGUGGGAAUAGUUAUCCUUGAGGAAAUGAGAAUGUGAGUGGACCUCACAUUUAUCAGCUAUCACUGAUAAAGCUCACUCUGACAUUGAAAUAAACCAUGAUUAGCAAGCUUUAAAGAACUCACUUUUUAGCAAUAUGACCAACAGGUAAGAUUGAAAGAAUGGAAGUGUAGAAAAGCUAUAUUAUCCUUUGUUAAACUGAAAGACUGGCAAACUAACAAUUCUGCGUAAUUGCCUGGGGCAUUCCCAGGGAAUCUUUUCGGGGGUCAGACCUGAAAUUUAAUUCCUGUUCUGCCAUCUUCUGGCUGUGUAAUCUUGAAAAUGUUACUUAACAGCUCUGUGCCUUUAUUUCCUCAUUGGUAAAUUUGAUUUGUUAAUAGCAUCUGUUCCGAAAAGAUGCAAGGAUUAAGUAAGAUAAUGAAUGUAUUAUUCCAUGGGCGAUACCACUCAACCAAAGAUCCCCAGGAGCACACGGGAAUUCAAAGUUGGGUUUAUUGUUUUUUGAAAUUAGCAUACCCACCAGGGCAAAUCAGAGGUAUUGGCCUAAUUUUAGGUGACUUGGGUAGGAUUCAAGGAAGAGAAAAUUUGUACCCAUUUUGCAUUUUCUCAGGAAGUGGGGUAAUUUUAUGACUGGGUUCUUAAUGGAUUGUAUUUGGGUGGUCAGAAAAAUGAAGCAAAGUGCCAGGUGUUGUGUACACCAUAAUUCCAGCACUCGGGAGAUUGAGGCAGGAGGACUGCCAAGAGUUUGAGGCCAGCCUGGGCUACAAAGUGAGUUUAAGGCCAGCCUGAACUACAUAGCGAGACUCUGUCUCAAAAAAAAGAAGAAGGGAAGUGACAGCUGUAAUUGUCGUGAAGCAGCAGCCCCUCCCAUUAGGUCUGAGAAUGGGUAUUUGGUGUGCUGUGCUUUGCACUGUGACUGUUCUUGUCUGAAUUUAGAUGAGGUCUUUUUUCUGUUUAUCUCAUUUCAAAUCAUGGACAGAUAUCUGUGCUCUGUGAGAUUAAGUUCUUGUUCAAGGAGAGAACCUGCAGGCUGGGCUGACAUUAACAGACAGCUCCCCAUGAGCCAGGUACUGCUUUUUUCAUUCUCAUCCUUUGGCCAAAUGCCUCUUAUAAGGGUAAGCUUGAGAACUGUUCUCUAAGGAAUCAUGAUGUUGAGCCUAGUCCUCCCAUGUGUCCUGACCCUAGCAGAAUAGCCACUUGGUCUUUUUUUUUUUUUAAUUAACACAACAAUAUUUCACAACAGUAUUUAUUGGCCAGCAUCUUCCCUUUUCUAUAUGAAUAGAUUUGUCCUAUGUUUUAGAUUUUUACUUUGAGUUAAUUUUUUUAUAUUCAGAAAAGUCAGAAUAUUAGACUUCUAACAACAGAUUCUUUGAACAUUUUUAUAAUAGUGUAAAAGCUUUAUAAAUCUACUCAUGUCAACAUCCCUUACAGGAAUCUAUUGUACUGGUCAACAGUCAUCACAAUUGAACUUAUAUUUAUUAAGUACAAUUAUUCAUAAAAUAUAUGUGAUAUAUAAAAUAUAUCCUGCUAGACCAUGAAGGCGGGUACCUACCAGCCUUAGUUAUUUCAUCUCUAACACCCAGUACAGAGCCUGGCACAGAGGAAGUGUUGAAGAAAUGCUUGUUGAAUAACCACAUGAGGAGACAAAAAAAUUGUGCUUGGGAAGAAGAGCUGAAACUAAUGUGUUGAGUGGCUUUUUGGUGCCAGGUACUAGUUUAGGCACUAUACAAAAGUUAUAAUUAAAUCCUCACAGAAGUCCUGGGACACACAAGUCCUUACUCUGACUUAUAGUGAAGUUCAGUAAUUUGCCCUUCUGGGAAGUAAUAAAGGUUGGUUCCAGA